CCAGUUCACCUCGCUGUGCGUUUCAAGAGCCGCGGAUCAAAGCUGCCUGCUGGGACUCCACACAUUUUCCCAGCUACCUAUCGGCGCCUCGGAUGUGGGAUAAAUAACAUAUAACUUUGUUUUUGGGACCUACAUUGUUUUGAGUUUUUUGGGGAGGGAGAAGGGGUUGCCAGGCAAGUCAAGAACGGGAGAAGUCCUCAGGGUUUCAUGUGAUACCAGGCUUCUCUGUACAACUACGAACCAUGUCGAAUCAUCCCAUCUCCCACCUACAUUGACAUCAACUAUACGUUUCGGACAAAUAUGUCGGCCUGCGGUGAGUUUUCAGAACACGUGUGGAAACCCGGCUCGUGUAAGAACUGCUUCCAUCCGCGUAGCGCCCACCGUGCCAGCGGGGGCAGCAUAGUGCCCUGUGGUGCCCUGAGGACCAGUCUGGGGGGAGUGGAGGAAGAAGAGGAGGAGGGAGUAACCGUGCCCUACUCCAAACCCACCAUCGCCGUUCGCCCCACCAUGAUGCUCCCUGACUCCAGCGAGAUGCUGGCAGACCUCAACAUAGAACAGGACAAUGUGAAGAAUCCAGUAGAACGACUGGGACUUAAGAUGUUGGGCCUGUCCCCUAUCUACAUAGACAGUAAAGGUUGUAACAAGGCCCUGAGAGAGGCCGUACUACAGAGUACUACAACCCCUGAGAAGAUAGACUACCCCUGCAGCCGUUUUCCCCCCGGUCCUAUCAGCCCCCAGUCUUCUCUGUCCCCGUCAGCCCUCCAGAAGGACUCUAGUAUGAUCAUCAGCAGUGUCUUAGUGACCCAGGAGGACGGACACAGCCGAGGGCCUCACAGUCUGAAGGAGAAAGGGAAUAGCAACAGUGAUUCGUCCAACAGGCAACAGAUCACCAAGACUACCAAAACCACCAAGAGUACUUGCAACGGGCACGGCGUCCGCAUGGUGACCACCACUAGAGGGUCUUCCACAGUCCAGGCCAUCCAGGAAGUGAAAGCACCUCUGGGUAUUGCUAUCAACAUCAUUGCCACUGUAACAACGACGGCUGGGAAUGGCAUCUGUAACGGUCUUAUCACCACCACAACCGCCCCUAGUAAUGGGGGCCUUACGUCUGGGAACACCAACCAGUCCAGUACUUCUCCCGUCCCAUCUUUAACCACCCUGGGCUCAGGGGCAUCUCCGGGGUCUCUUGGGCACAACCUCCUGUCCUGUGGAGGAGGCCGAACCGGCUCCUUCGUCUCCGAGACUGGUACUCUGUCUCUGUCAGACUCUUGCUCCUAUCGCAGCAGCACAGACUCUCUCACAGGGCCGGAUGGCUUCGGACUGGCUGGGCCAGAUAGUCCCACUCCUCAGAGCCUCUCAGCCUCGUCAGCCAGCUCUCCCUCAGACGGACAGACGCUGUCGUCAGAACCCAUCUAUGCUGAGAGCACCAAGAGGAAGAGGAGGCCUCAGAGUGCUGGAGGAGGGAACGGGAAGGUCCAUGCCCAAAAACAGCACUCCGAGCUGGAGGUGGAGCACACAGAAGAGGGUCAGAACCAGAGGGCCAAGAUAACCGUCCGGGCUGCUCAUACUGAGGAGAACAACCGGACAUUCUAUCUGAGCAGCCCGGACUCGGCCGUCAGCACCCAGUGGCCUGACUUCAGCCCCACGGCCCUCAGCAACCCCGGAAGCCCAGCUUUCAAGUGGCCCUCCAGCUCCUCUGUAACAGAGACAUCAUCCCCAGGUUUCCCUGCUUCCCUCCAGCCCAAACCCCAGAACAGCCCCCCUAUACCGCCCAAGAGGAACAACCGAUCGCCCAAACCGUUCCCAGGGACCUCCAGCAUCUCCCCGGUGCCUGAGCUCAGCAUACAGACUCUGGUUUUAUCACCGUCUUCCAGAGACGUCCAGGUGCAGGUGAAGUCCCAGAUGGAGCCCCACAGCUCAGCCUCGUCUGAGGUCCGGAGGCACAAGCUCCAUACCACUCCCUGGAACUGGGAGGGCCGGAUCGAGGAGGAGGAGGAGGAGACAGAGGAGGGCCAUGCUCAGGAGAGUGCCUCUCAGAGCAGGGUGACAGGGCUCAUCAAUAGGGCGGCUGUCUGGAGAGACGCCAGUGACUGGAGACCCACGGGGGUGACACAGGGCAGUGAGGGCCAGCAGGGCAGCACCCAGACCCUACCAGGCACCGCGGCCAACAAUAGUGCCAGUCAGAAGCAGUCAGGCUGCAGCAGCGCGGAGGAGGGCAAACAUAGCGGGAGCAUGUUGGCCAAGUCGACUCCGUCGUCUCUCUCCAGCACGGAGCAGCUCUCAGCAGAGGGGAAGAGUUCAAGCCAUGACCCCACUCCACCACCCCCUCCCCCUAAGAAACACUACAGGGUGUCUGGUAAGAUGAGCCAGAGCAGUGUGGAGCUGGACCACUGCAGCCAGCAGGGCUCUGUCGAGAGCCUGACCAACAGUCUCCGUGGCCUGGGGAGCAGCAGCCUGCCUACAGCCUCCACCGACAGCUUGCCUGGAGACUCCAACAGAGCCCUCUCUGAUUCUGGUUCCCAUGAUGCCCCUCGUCUGUCGUGCACCUCGCCAUUUCCCAGAAGCCCGAUGGCCUCAUCCCCAGGGUCUCCUCACGCUGACCCGUUCUCUAGCAACACCCUGUCCAACCAGCUGCAGCCACCGCCCCUACCCGAAAAGAAAAUGGUGAAUCGCGCCGUAUCCGCCCCUGACAACAUGGCCGGGAAACCCUUAGUCAGGGCCUACCCCUGCUUCCCCUUCAACGGUGGCUCUGAGAGUAAAGUGUCCCGUCCUGACGUCCCAUCCCUGUCCAGCCUUCCAUCCUCCCCUGUGGACCCUCGGGCCAUUUAUUCCUCCUCUGAGUCCUUAGAGCGCUGUCACACCCCUCUGGGACACCCCCUGCGCUCCCGGACCCUGGACGAACCCCUGAAAGUUCGGGGCCGACUAGGGGGUCACAGCCGAGGCAGCAUCACCACCUCCUCCUCCCCCCAGCUCAGCGCCCCCCACCUCUCGGCCUCCGGACCCACCCAGGGCUCCGGCCUGCAGCUGCAGACCCUGCUCAGUAACAUAGACAGUAGAGAGGGGAUCUACUCCAAGCUGGGAGGCCUAUAUGCUGAAUCGCUGCGCCGCCUGGCUCUGAAGUGUGAGGACCACUUCACCCGCAGCCAGAAGAACCCGCUGAGGUUUGAUGAGAGCAACUGGUCCCUGUUCAAAUUGACCUGUAACAAGGCCAGCUGUAAUGCGGGAGACGGUGUCUACUACUCUGCUGCCUGCGCCUCAGACCCAUCCAACUCCUAUGCAGUCAAGAUCUGUAAGAGCCAGACCUCAGAAGCCAAGCAGGGUCACCUCUACAGCCUGUCCGUCCAGCAGACCGUCCCUCCCCACUUCAACCUCCAGCAGGACUGUGGCCACUUCAUAGCCUGCGUGCCCCGGAGCAUGCUCCCUGCUGAUGAGGCCUCGCUGCCCCCCAGUCCCAACCCCACGCAGGGGGACAAGGAGCGUGUGGUGGUUAUCACCCGGGAGGUGCCACAGCAGACUACGGCAGACUUUGUCAAGGAGUGGGCAUCCGUUCACCAGGCCCAGCCGGAGGUGUACGAGCGAUGGGUCUGCUUCCUCCUGCUGCAGCUGUGUGACGGUCUUGACCAUCUAAAGGAGCAUGGGGUGACACAUCGAGACCUUUGUCUGGAGAACCUCCUCCUGGUCCCUCACCGCCGCCCCCCGCAGGCCAACCCCAAUGCCCCACACGACCAGAAGCACCUCCCCCGCCUGGUCAUCUCCAGCUUCGCCAAGGCCAAGCAGCGGAACACUGAGGACUCUGCCCAAAAUGACCCCCGCCUCAAACGCAACCACGCCCGCCUGGCCCCGGAGAUCGUCUCAGCCGCCCAGUACCGGAAAUUCGACGAGUUCCAAACCGGUAUUCUAAUCUAUGAGCUCCUCCACCAGCCGAACCCGUUUGAGGUCAGCCCGAAACUGAAAGAACAGGACUACAGCUGUGAGGACCUGCCGCCCAUCCCUCCAGUCUCUCUCUACUCCGCUGGACUCCAGAGACUAACCCGGCUACUCCUCCAGCCGGACCCCAUUAAACGCAUCCACAUUCAGGAGGCCAAGCGGGUGCUGCAGAGCCUGCUGUGGGGCCCCCGGAAAGACCUGAUGGAGCAACAGCAGUGGGGAGACAGGCUGGGCCCCGGGGAAGGGCCCCGCCACGAGGGCCUCCUCAACUGGUUGGACGUGAAGAGAGCGCUGCUGAUGAUGAAGUUCGCAGAGAGGUCUCUGGAGCCGGAGAGGAACGCAGAGUUAGAGGACUGGCUGUGUUGUCAGUACUUCAGCUCUGCUCAUCCUCUGUCUCUGUGUCAUACAGCUGAACUGCUCUACUCACUCAAGUGACUGACACACUGACCAGACAGACUGUCUGAAUCCCAAAUCAACCCCAAACGCCUACCCCCUAGGUACUCCUGGAGAUCUGAAAUGAUUGGAUAGGUUUGGGAUUGGGGGUGACUGUGUUAGUGUGUAGAGACCAUGAGCUGCCAUGGGUUUCCCCUGUAUCUGUCUCGGAGGAUACACAGUGACACAAUGUGAACCUGUCUGCUCUUCACUCAAAUGCAUGAAAGUAACAAGGCAUCACUUACUUUCCUGUCCAUUCAGCUUCUACUUAUACUGUAUGUCUAAAGACUGCUGUUGUUUUACUUUACUGUAUGGACCAAGACACAAACCCGCUGGCAAGGAAGCGUCCCAAAAGCCCAAGCAGGCCAGCGAUGGGCAGAACAGGAGUCUCUCUUGCCAGAAUCCGAGCACUCUCUGUUCCACCACAGACACAGCAGCUGUGAGAGCUAAGCAUGGAAUGGAGGGUUGACUUAACGCAGGAAGACCUCAAUUUACUUACCUAUUUAGUAUUGAUGAACAGUCAGUAUACACACCUGCCAAGACGUUUCAAGUGUUAAUGUUUUAUGUUGUCCUUAUCAAUAGGACUACUUGCCCUUUCAAACAAGGGCUCUCGUCCUCAUUUAUCCAUGUCCAGCAACUCUUGACAAAUGUUUGAUUGUGCCUGUGCAGCUAGCUAAUUUUGAUUUGCUUUCACACAUUGGUUUUAUGUUACACACAGGCAUUGACACUGGCGUGUAUUGAAUUGUGCAUACACAUUCAUACCAGUGUGUUGAAAUUGAGUGAACUGGUUCCUGAAGGUUACCUUGUCUACAGCUCAGUUUAGAGUGGUUGGUGUUGUAUCUCUCCUUGUUAAUCCACGAGGAGGACAUGUAUUGGUUAGAAAGGUGGCCAUCUUGAAACCAAAGCUGUUUUGAUUGGCCUAGAUGGGAUGGUAACCAUGGAAAUGAUGUGACAUGAACCAAUCUAAAACGUGUACUGCCUAAUGCCACAAAAUACAGUAUGCAUAUCAUUAGUUAAGCGAUACUAAGACAGCCAGUACCACCACUGCUAUGGUCCCACUUACCCCAAUACUUACCUUUUUUAAAGAGAUACUCCGGUACUUUUGUAUACUUUUAGCCAGUGGUUCAGAAAGUAGCGCUCACGAGCUAAAAGUGGUCCCUGAAAAUGGCUUACUAUGUCACCGUAUGUGCAGAUACAGUAUUUGCACCACAUCAUUGCUCUCUCUCUCUGCUGUGUCCACUGAGCUGUUGGGCCUGCCCUGCAACCUCAUUGGAUAAUGCUGGGCAGGCCUCUUGCGAGCUGUCACUUAAAUGCAAGAGUGCUGAAACUCAUUGGCUAUAACUCAAAUUGCUAUGUGGGAAAAAUGGCCCGGAACAGCUUCAAUAAAAGUCACUUUCAAGCUCGGGAUUUUGUGGCUAAUUGAGUUAUAACAGUAAUUCUGUAUGAACUACUCAUUGACACAUCCAGCCCAAAGCGGGAGGUUUAAAACAUACUUUCUUAGUUGCCAAAGUCCGGAGCAUGUCUUUAAUGUCAUCUUUAAUUGUUGUUUUUGAUAUUAUCAAUUGUUACAGUGCCUUUACUUCUCCAUAUACAUGUUAUGGUGACUGAGAACCUAAUUGUAAAUCUUAACCCCUAUGCUCCCUCUGUAAUUCGUGAAACUGGAUUUUCACAGAAUGGUCUGGAGACGGACAGAACUUGUACAUAAAGAGGUUGUAGAUCAAAUAGCGAGCCCCACCUCAAGCAGGUCUUAAUAAUUGCAAUGGAUAAGAUCCAUAGUGAAAAGGUAUCUAUGAUAUCCAAUCGGUUUAACCCAUAGUAGUCACUGGAGGAAGGAUUUUCUGUUUUUCUCUACAUCCUAAAUAGUGCCCUAUUCCAUUCAUAGUGCACUACUCUUGACCAGAGCCCUGUGUAGGGUAGUGCACUACUCCUGACCAGAGGCCUGUGUAGGGUAGUGCACUACUCCUGACCAGAGCCCUGUGUAGGGUAGUGCACUACUCCUGACCAGAGGCCUGUGUAGGGUAGUGCACUACUCCUGACCAGAGCCCUGUGUAGGGUAGUGCACUACUCCUGACCAGAGGCCUGUGUAGGGUAGUGCACUACUCCUGACCAGAGGCCUGUGUAGGGUAGUGCACUACUCCUGACCAGAGGCCUGUGUAGGGUAGUGCACUACUCCUGACCAGAGCCCUGUGUAGGGUAGUGCACUACUCCUGACCAGAGGCCUGUGUAGGGUAGUGCACUACUCCUGACCAGAGCCCUGUGUAGGGUCGUGCACUACUCUUGACCAGAGCCCUGUUUAGGGUAGUGCACUACUCCUGACCAGAGCCCUGUGUAGGGUAGUGCACUACUCCUGACCAGAGGCCUAUGUAGGGUAGUGCACUACUCCUGACCAGAGGCCUGUGUAGGGUAGUGCACUACUCCUGACCAGAGGCCUGUGUAGGGUAGUGCACUACUCCUGACCAGAGGCCUGUGUAGGGUAGUGCACUACUCCUGACCAGAGCCCUGUGUAGGGUCGUGCACUACUCUUGACCAGAGCCCUGUGUAGGGUAGUGCACUACUCCUGACCAGAGCCCUGUGUAGGGUAGUGCACUACUCCUGACCAGAGGCCUGUGUAGGGUAGUGCACUACUCCUGACCAGAGCCCUGUGUAGGGUAGUGCACUACUCCUGACCAGAGCCCUGUGUAGGGUAGUGCACUACUCCUGACCAGAGCCCUGUGUAGGGUCGUGCACUACUCUUGACCAGAGCCCUGUGUAGGGUAGUGCACUACUCCUGACCAGAGCCCUGUGUAGGGUAGUGCACUACUCCUGACCAGAGGCCUGUGUAGGGUAGUGCACUACUCCUGACCAGAGGCCUGUGUAGGGUAGUGCACUACUCCUGACCAGAGGCCUGUGUAGGGUAGUGCACUACUCCUGACCAGAGGCCUGUGUAGGGUAGUGCACUACUCCUGACCAGAGGCCUGUGUAGGGUAGUGCACUACUCCUGACCAGAGGCCUGUGUAGGGUAGUGCACUACUCCUGACCAGAGCCCUGUGUAGGGUAGUGCACUACUCCUGACCAGAGGCCUGUGUAGGGUAGUGCACUACUCCUGACCAGAGCCCUGUGUAGGGUAGUGCACUACUCCUGACCAGAGCCCUGCGUAGGGUAGUGCACUACUCCUGACCAGAGCCCUGCGUAGGGUAGUGCACUACUCCUGACCAGAGGCCUGCGUAGGGUAGUGCACUACUCCUGACCAGAGGCCUGCGUAGGGUAGUGCACUACUCCUGACCAGAGGCCUGCGUAGGGUAGUGCACUACUCCUGACCAGAGGCCUGCGUAGGGUAGUGCACUACUCCUGACCAGAGGCCUGCGUAGGGUAGUGCACUACUCCUGACCAGAGGCCUGCGUAGGGUAGUGCACUACUCCUGACCAGAGGCCUGCGUAGGGUAGUGCACUACUCCUGACCAGAGGCCUGCGUAGGGUAGUGCACUACUCCUGACCAGAGGCCUGCGUAGGGUAGUGCACUACUCCUGACCAGAGCCCUGUGUAGGGAAAAGGGUACCAUUUGGAACACACACGCUUCAACUUAUUCUUGUUUCACCAAGAAUAAAUCAUUGAUUAUGGCCUGGGGCUGCAGGCAAACAGUCCAAAUUCUGUUCUAUUCCACUGCUGUUAUCAUUAUGUGAAUAGAAAAGAUACUGGUCUCUGUGACCACUAACACAUUGAUUAAUGUGAGCCUCACCUGCAUUCAUCAAUAAAUUGUAAAUAUGUUUUCACA